GCUGUGCGUUUUUGACUUGUUUAACAGGGUCAGCAGACCAGCAAAGGCUACGCGGCGGAACGCGCAGGCAGCGAGCUCUCUGUGGCGGUGAAAAGCUCCCCGACGAAGUGUGUUUGAACGAGGUGUUUGAACGGAGACGGACCUCUUCUCCCCCAGAGAACCGCGUUCUUUUCGUCUGGCGGCGAUUUUCGAAGCCAGCCUGUUCAUUAGGAUAAAGUUCGCGCGCGUCCCUGUUCGUCGAUCUGUCUGUCUGUUUUUCACCGCAUCGCUCGGUCGUUCUCUCAUGUGUGGAAAUCUGAAGCCCCGAGAGAACCGAGAGCGCAGGUCGCGCAGCCGAUUGAGACAGCGGUGGCUAGAAGAAUAUCCCGUUCGUGUUUCACGCCUUCUCUGGCGCCUCUCUGGACGAAUUAAUUGUGGUCGUGGCGAAAGAGAGGGAGGGGAGAGGACGAAUUCUCUGUUUUUUCGUGUUUUUUGGCGAGCACACGUCUUCCAAACGGUUCAACGCGUCCGCCCUGCCGGGACGCGUACCCAUAGCUCCGCGGCCUCUCGAUAGGGCAGGCUCUCUGUCUGCGGGUGGGUCUCGUCGCACAAGUUCGUCAGCUGCGGCGUCUUUGCCUUUUUGUGGACCUUCUCGGUGGAAAACAAACAAAUAUUCGUUUUCUCUUGCUUCUGCGAGUGAAGAAACCCCCCACUGCCCUCGACACGCAGACGGAAGGGCUUUUUCCCGGUGUCUUGCUCCGCUGUAGGGUGUGUGACUCGGUCUCGUGAAGGCCGUCGGCCGAAAAACGAUUCGCCGCCCUUUUCUAGACAAGAAACUACGAGAAAGGCGCAGAAAUGCCAAGAGUUCUGGCUCGAGCUUCCGUGUUUCCUUUCCGGAAGAUGUCUUUCUAGCAGAAACCCGAUUUUCUGCUUGUAUCGAAGGUGGCUUUCUGGGGGUUCGUUCCGGGGGGGUGGAUGUGCCUCACAAGAGGCGCGGCGUCCGGAAAUCACGUCUUGCUUCUGUUGGAGAAAAAGGGCCAUAUUCCUGCAAAGAAAAGGCAAAUCCCUGACUUUUUGGUAAACAUGUCAUGGUCCAACUUGUGUCGCGUGUAGGGAAGGGCUUGUGAGCUGUCUGCUCGAGACAAGCUGCCUCUUGCGCUCCUUCGCGUCUGUGAGAGUUGUUUUUCCUUUGAGGAAAGGCACCUUAACUAGCGAAGACAAACUUCGCUUGUUUUAAACAAGUGAAAACGCCUUUUUUCUAUAAAAGACAGGGUCAACUCUUCACAUGGAGGCUGAACUGACACUCGCAGCUGGCGUCGUGGGAAGCGCGGGCGCUUGACUGGGAGGAGCGAAUCAUCCGUUCUGGGAGAUUCCUUUCUUCCAAGGUCCAGGAAGCGAAAAGCCACGCUUCCCUUCCCUGUGGCCGUGACCGUAAAUGCCUUUUUCCAGCCGUCCAAUUUCGGGUGUCUAGCCAGCGCCAACGACUCGCAGCCUGGCGAACCCGACACCGCGAGAAACGUUUUUGCCCCUUCGCGUGGUUAUCUGAACCGAAAUCUGUCUUCCGACGCUGGUUUGUGUCGAUCGAAAGCUGUCCUUUGGUGUACCGACUUCGUCCGCUUUUUUCAUGUCUUCCGACAGGAAGUCCCCAGUGGUAAAACCUGGCCGGGGAAUCUUGACCUUUUGUCGUUCUUGUCACAGUGUCUCCUGUCUUUCCUCUAUGCUUCAGAGGGAGGCAGGCGCGUCCGCGAAAUCUCGCAGGAAUCCGCCUUGUCGAAAGUCGCAAGGCACCGCCUCUUGGGUUCUUCUCUAUCGUGUUCUCCCUGCAAGUGACGAGCCUCUGCAUGCAGUCGGAGAUCGUCUCGCCCUUCCCCGUCAAUGUGACCCCGAGGCUUCCUUGCGAGUCUUUUGUCUCUCUAGACGCCGACUUCAAGAGGCCCUUUUGUCUCUGUGCAAAUGAUCCGUGAUCCAGAACUCGAGCACACUUCUCGAACAGUGCUCCUUUCGAGGUUUGAGCCUUCUCUCGCUCUGCCGCCUCCCACGGAACCGUUUCGCGUCUCUCCAUUUUCGCGUUUGGCCUUGUCGGGUUCCGCUGCAGUUCCCGUGAGCGAAUGUCGCGCCAGUGUAUAGACAGCUGGCGCUCUGCAUGAUGUCUUUUCCGACUUUUUGCUUCUUUUAAAGGCGAGAAGUUUGCGUUUCCCACUUCUCGCGAGAGCUGACCGUGUCAAUCAUGAAGAGCACCUCUGUCCAGACAGACGUGCUUCUCUCGCCUCUUCUCUGUUCUUCUCCAAGUUCCACCAGAGCAAAGGCUCCCGGUCCAGCAACCUUCCCGGAGUGGCUUUUCGAUUCUACCGGCGGCUCGCUUUGUCAGUCCUGACGUGACGCUGUCCCUGAGCUUCAGACGUCGCUGUCCGGGCGCGAACUGACCCACUGCACUGUCCUUCUCUCAGAAGCUGGUCCCUGUGCGUUCGCCUGGCCGUUUCUCAACUCUUCGCCACCAUGAGUCAGAGCACGAGUGCCGGAGGCAGCCAAGCUGUCGCGCAGAACCCGGGCGCGAAACUCGGCUUCUCGAUGAGGAGCGCGUCCAUCGCUUCCGACUCCGUCCCGUGUGAGUCGGGCUUGUGUGAGGCGCCCCCUGGAGUCCUCUCCGGAGCUGGAACAGUUUUCUGCGAAAGCACGUACAAAGUCAAAAUCGACAACGAGACUGUAUGGCAGGUGCCGACUCGCCUCAAGUUUGUCAAGAAGGUCGGAAGUGGCGCUUACGGCUGCGUUGCUUCGUUCGAAGACACCAGCGCCUCCGCUUCGGAAGAGGGGACUGAAGACGAUCCGUCCAGACGCGAGCAGAGCGGGGAAACGCGGACAAGCCAGACGGGGAGUGCUGAGGGGGACAGUGGCACGAACAAGAAAGUUGCGGUGAAGAAGAUCGGUGAUUUGUUUCGUGAUUUGAUCGACGCCAAACGCAUCUACAGAGAGAUCAAGAUUCUGAAGGAGUUGAAACAUGAAAAUAUCAUCAAUCUCGUCGAAAUCCUCGACCCCCUGACUCCAGAUUUCGAGGACAUUUACCUCGUCUCUGACCUGAUGGACACGGAUCUGCACCGCGUGAUUUACUCUCGCCAGCCCCUGACUCCUGAGCACCACCAGUACUUUUUGUACCAGCUGCUCUUAGGUCUUUCGUUUCUCCACCAGGCAGACAUUAUUCACAGAGACUUGAAGCCGUCGAACAUUCUUGUCAACCUGAACUGCGACAUCAAAAUCUGCGACUUCGGUCUCGCUCGCGGGCUUAACAUGAAUCCCGCGCCACCUCCAAAUCUCCUCCCUCCAGCAACCCACCGCGCGGGGCCAGCAGCCGCGCAGGACGUCGUGUGUACGUACACCCCACCCGACAACUUGUCCGGCGCCGGCAAGUGGGGCGACCAGAAGCUCGCUGCGGCUGCCGGUGCCGGGUCGAUCGCGGCCACCAGACUUGUGCGUCUCGCGCACCAACAGGGCUCGAGUUUGAUCGGAGCCCAGCACCAGGUUCCAGCGAAGACAGACGACGCGAGUGACGACAUGGAACUCACAGACUACGUUGUCACGCGUUGGUACCGCCCUCCUGAGAUCCUCAUCUCUCCAUUCUGCUACUCUAAGCCUGUCGACCUCUGGUCAGUCGGCUGUAUCUUCGCCGAACUCCUUGGCCGACGCGCACUGUUUGCCGGGAAGGACCAUUUUGACCAGCUGCGGCGAAUCGUGCGUGUCCUGGGGCGUCCGAGCACCGCAGAAAUCAACAAAGUCGCGAACGAGGGCCGCGGGCGCCACUUCAACAAUCCUUCAAAGGGGACUUCGAACACCAAGAGAAAGCGCUCUGAAGCUGCCCGCAGAUUCAUCGAAAGUCUGCCGAACAGCGACCCGUACAAACUCGAGGACUUGUUUCCAGACGCGUCCAAGGCUGCUCUCGACCUUCUCUCGAAUCUGUUGACUUUCGAUCCGGCAAAACGCAUCACAGUUCAGGAGGCGCUCCGCCACGAGUACUUCGAAGGUCUACACUCGGUCGAAGAUGAACCGACUGUCACCACGCCUGUCAACUGGUCGUUUGACAACUUCGUCCCAACGAAACGCCUGCUGCAGAACAAGGUGUAUCAGGAGAUCAUCUCUUAUCAUCCCGAGAUCGUCUUGAGAGACUUCCACUUGCUCCCGCCGCGAGGCAUCCACGUCGCGCCGAGUUCGUUGCCUGCCUGCAUUCGGCAGCCGUUGGCCACUCUGCAGCAGCAGAUGGCGUCUCUGUCGACCACGGCGCGGGCGGUGAGUCGAAGCUCUGGCAGCUUGCCAACGGUUUCUCGAGGAGCUUUUCUGCGAACUCCUCUCUCGGGCGUCAAUCCUCCGUCUGGCUUCUUUCUCGGCGAAGAUCGCUCACUCAGUGCCGCCUCCACUGCGCCUCCUGACGAGCAGAGUGAAGGCAUCGACGCAUGCGGUCCGAUGGUGAGAACCGCCAGCGCCCCAAGUGUCGCGACGUCUGUCGCGAAUCAGCUGUCUGUCCCAGGAGGCUUCGGAGCUGGUCUCUGCUCGCUGAAGAAGGAGAGCAGCUCUUGUGGGGGGGGCGGUGGCUCUGCGCGUCGUCCGCCGAACUCCGGAAGUCAUCAGGUGGCUGCCUUCUCAGAGCUCCCGACUGCGGAGACCUCUCACUCGCUCCCCUCUGCGUACGCGGCCUCGCUGUCGCCCUUUCCACAAGCGCAUGCACAGCCGGUGUCUCUCCGGAGCAACCAUGUCCCGUUCGCGUCCCCAGCGUCUCAGUUGGGGCUGUCCUCCUCUGGCGGCGGCUCCGGUGGCGCUCUGGUCUCUGCAGAGACUCUCGGCGCGUCAGGAACGCCUGCUGCGUCCUCCAGUCCGCAAGUCUGUUCCACGGCCUACUCGGCGUCGUACUCGGCCGGCUUCAGCGCGUCUGCCGCCUCCUUCGCCUCUCUCUCGGGUGUCCUCACGACAUCUGCUUCGUCUUCUGCUCCGUUUGCACGGAAGGGCGAGCUCUGCCGAGAAACGACAGGACAGCCCGUGACCACGAGCGAUCCUCUUUCUGCGCGACACACGACCUCGACUUCUGAAGCGGGAGCUGGCGAGGCAGUGACGGCGGCGCCACUCUCGUCGCGGGGCCGGAGCGAGCUGGGAGUCUCUCCCCGCGUUCCCGUCACCCAGACUGCGCACCCAUACAUCCACAAGUUCCUCGCGCAUCAGAGGGAGACGUCUAGGAGGUCCUCUGCCAUCGUGUGUCGCGCGACUCAGCAUGCAGCGAUGCCCAGCGCCAGCCUGCGGGAUCGAGGCUCCUCCGGUAUGUUCGCCGAGACGAAGGUGAGCCUCUCAGACUCGCGGCUGCCUUCAGUGUGUGGAACUGUCUCAGGUCACAGCACCUCACUCCCCUCGACGGCUGCAGAGCUCCUGGCGGCGGCGCAGGCAUGCGGCGCCUCCGGCGACGGCUUGGCUUCUUGUCACCAUGCGUCUUGCUCGGGACAGAGCUGCUCGCUGCCUUCCCUCGGAACCGUUGGCGUCGUCUCUUCUUCGCUUUUGGGGCUUUUGCCGAGCGGCCACCCAGGCGACAAGGACAUCGAAGCGGGACUGGCUCCAGAUCUUGCCUUUUUUCGAGGAACGAGUUUCGGAGGUCGCUCGACCAGCUGCUGCGUCGAGGGCGUCUCCGAACGCUCCUCAGGGUUCCUCCCGAACGCGAGUUUGACUCCUGAAAGCAGUGCAUCCAUGGCGCUCGUGGCGGCCCUGAACUCCUUCCCGCAAACCGAGGGCGAGGCGAGACCAGGCGGGCCUCUCACGGGUCAUUCGGCGCCCGCGCGCGCGUCGCAUGCGGCCUCGGGUACCCGCUGCAUGCGUUCUGGCGCAGAAACUCUGGGGACGGGGAACGGGUUCUUUUCUGCUUUCGGAGAGAGAGCGGCGACGGCGGGUCCAGAGGGAGCUGGCGGGAGCUCUGCGCAGGAAAGCCGCACGACAACGCGAUCCUCUGUCUGUACAGACGACGGCGCCUUCUUCCUCGGGACUCCUGGGGAGUCGUGCCAGGCGCAGCAGCUUCCUGGAGUGACGAGUGCGUCUCUGCUGCAGCAAUAUCAAAAGGAGCUUCAGCAGAGACAGUUUGCCGCUCACCAGGCUCAGACUGCUCAGCAGCAGAAGCGGCUGCAAGCGGGCGGAAUCGAGACUGUCGUGGUGGAGCCCGUGCAAGGCGCAGCGGCUUCAGAGAGCAACCUCGUGGGUGUGUCUAGGGAUAUUUCCUUUAAUGUCGGUGAACGAACAGUCGAGAAUGCAAUGGAAAUCGAAGAAUCCGGGCGAUCUGAGGCGUCUGUGCCUCAAAGGGUCUCUUACAGUCUCUCAGAGCAACAGUUUCUGCUUCUGAGGCAACAACAGCUGCAGCAUGGCCAGCAACAGCUGUAACGCCUGGAGAAAGCUUGUUCCCUUCAAGCAUGUCAAACUGUGGAAGUAUCUACAACAAAACUACAGUGCGUAUGCACACUCUUCUUGGAUGCAAGCGGGGCUAGCGACCCUUCAGGAGUAGAAGAUGGUGUGGGAGGGGCGGAGGGAAAAGACACAGGAGACAGUUUGGAAGCGGGAAUUCCGGUGUUUCAAUGUGAAAGACAAUUUGUUCGUGUAAGGUUGUAGGUUGCGGAAACGUUUUCUGGUCGCUGAAACGCCAGAAAACCCAUGAAAUCAGGUUUCUGGGGCUUCUCGCUUUUUUGCAGAAGGAAUCUCGUGACAGAAUCCGCCAGGGACUGCAUGCAUCUGUGGGUGGAAAUAUGUGGUGCUGUGUGCAGGAGUUUUCACGCCCGUACUUGUGGUGCCUUCAGGUGCUCAUAUACAGGAACUUUUGGGUGUAGAUAGCGCUGAUAUGCGCCGUUCGAUGUAUAUAUGCUUGUGAGUUCGCACAUGUUUAUGUGCGAGUGUACGUAGAGAUGCAUGUCUGUCAGGGUGUUGUCUGUUUUUGCCUCGUUGUUUUGUCCGGUUCUCGGGUGUAUGUACCGAACUUGUUUCGAGAGGGAACCUCCGACGGCGGAUGUGCCUACCAUCGUCUCUGGGUUACAGGGGGCUCAAAAGCACCAGGCAACCUCCCCGUUUCCGCUUGCAUUCAAGAGUUUCGCUGUGAAGGCAGGGAGUCUCAAACUCACGGUUCUCGCCGCGUUCUCUCGCCAGCAGAAGAAGUGUCAUGUGUGCUCGAAGUUUCGUACUGCAUGCGUCUUGGGGAAAUUCCGGAGAGCCGUUGUCCACCUCCGCAGUUUUUCUGUCGUAAGAGCGGACCCGAGGUGGACAGAAGUGAUGAAUCUUUUCAGAUCCUUUUGAAUGCGUGUUUCUUGCCAUUUCUUUCGUGGGUCUUUGUUGUCGCUGUCAGCCUUGUCCCCCUUUUCUUGUUACCUGCCUGCUUCGGAGGGUGUGCCCUAAGAGGUAUUUCUGCCCUCCUGAAGUCUGCGUUUUCGUGGUAGUAACCUACGGAGACAAACUCCGUUCGCCGCACAGAAAGUGUAGGCGGCUAGCAGCUGGGGUCUUUUGAGCUCCGUGCCGCUGCCUACGAUUCGGUUUUUUCCUCAAUGUUGCUACGCUGCUGUAGACGCCAAACGGCACAGGAGAGACACUCUGAAGUAAAACUAGCAAACGGGGGUUCCCGCAUUGCUCAGGUGUAUCAUUUCAAAGAUCCACAACAGAAAGCCGUGAAAACUGCUCCCGAAGUCUUCGGGAAGGCCAUUUGAAGUUCACAACGAAGAAACAAUCUCUGUGCCGCUCGCGUCCCCAGCGAGCCUUCUUCGAACUUUGACUGUGAAGUGAGUCGCAGGUUUACAAGCUUUUUUUACGUGCACUUCCUCGAUCUUACAAAUUUUUCGGGUAGGAGUGCCUCGUCGCUCCGGUUUUGUAUGAUUUCUGAAGGGCGAAAGAUUGUGUCGGACAGUGCCCGCGAAAAACGGACUUAUCAAUUGGCACAUUUGAGUGCUUCAGUUGUUGUCGCGGA